UUCAUAGUCGCUCAUAUAAGGAGACAACCAUUACUGGCACAAAUAAAUCGAAGAAAAAGGUUCGCGCUUGAACUUUACCGCCUUGAGCAGACCGUUGGUGUCUUUAGUUUCUUCGAUAGCAUGGAGCUCACACAAGAGAACGAGCGCUGCAGCUUCAAGGUCUGCCAGUGUUGCGAAUUAGCCAUGCUCGUCUACAUGCUUUUGCAAGCUGGACAUGAUAUUGGACAAUUUGGGCUUGCUGGCUUUGCGGCUCGUGGUGACAUCUUUGCUGCGCUUCCGCUUCAGGUCGGAUCUGUUGUCGCCCAUGGUUGGCUCAGCCUGUUAUCGAUCAGUACAAGAGUCGCAAUGCAGCGUGAAGAUGGUACCUAUGGAGGGUUAGCAAGUGUCAUGGCCUUGGAGAGUCAACAGCGUAGUGUAUCAGUCAAGGAUCGACCUUCGGAGCAGAAGGUGUAGAGUCUCGCUGUUGUGGGGAGAAGGGAAACAGAAACAAAUGAUGGAGGAAAUGCGCUAUUUAUCCUUGGAGCUUGCAGGCUCCACCGUUGCCUCUCGCACCUUGACAGCUUGUCGAUUCUCUCAUCCCGUAUCCGCGUACUUCACUUCGCAGACUUCAGCGCAUUUCAUUACAAGCGAGAUCUACGUCAUUCGAACAUGCAUCAUCUCCUGUGUUAUCAUGGAUCGAUGCAACCUCGGUGCCGGGGGAUACGUCGACGCCAUUCUCGCAUGAAUAAAUAUUUUCGGACCUAAUCACACCUUAGACCACCUGAAUUGUACGUCGAUAUGAACCCA